CUCAGCUGCUUCCGAUUGAGAAUGGACACAGUCAAUAACGAACAUGAACCGCUGUCUCCACUCGAAGAGUUCACCUCUGUCUCAUCGCUGGAUACGAAUCGAGCCAGCCGCGGACAUCGCAUCCCAAGAAACACAGAGACGAUCUUGGUGGACGAUGCGGCGAGACCCUCGACCCAGACAGCUCCCAAAGCGCUGUCUGUCUCAUCCGACAAUGCUCUGCCGCGGCCAGAGAGCGCCCAUGCACAAUCGGAAAGUGCACUGCUUUCCACAAUUCUGCAGCUCGAGUCCUCCAACAAGCAACUCAAAAGCCAGACAGAGCAGCUCCAGAAUACAAUUCGUGACCAGACAUCGACAAUCGACUCGUUGAGGAAGAAGCUGCGAGUGAUGGUGGAGAACAAUGAACUAAAACAGCGGAUCAUACAGGAGUUUGAGAAGCGGCUGUCUGGCCAACGCCUGCUCGCAGGUGAUAGCAAGAGCCUCGGCAAUCUGCGCGACUAUCAGGCGCUGAAGCUUCAAGAGCUAUAUAACAAGUCGCGGAAGCAUCUGGACGUUGAGCGCAAACAGAAUCUGAUACUGCGGAAGAAUCUGGACGAGAUCCAGACGGCUGGCCUUGUCGAGUCUCUAACGACAGAUAUAUCUGCCUUGAGGAGCGAAAACAAGGAGCUCAAGAAAGAGAAUGCCACGCUUCGGAGCAUCCAGCACCACCACGAGAGGGCACUCAAGAUGCUCGACGAGUCGCAGCGCAAGUCGCUGCUGAGAGACUACAGCGACGAAGUUGCCAAGCUCAAGGGUCAUAUCUCCCGCCUGGAAGAAGAGCAGCGCCUAUUUUCCGGUUCACAGGCAAAGCUAGGUCUCGCCCAAAGCACGCCAAGUCGGAGCAAUAUCACCCCCUUGCACUAACAGCCUCGGUCCCGGGAAUCAACGACGGCCCUCACCCAACCAGGGCGUCUCGUUCAAAGUGGAUGGACUGUAAUAGCAUCCUGCGCGGCUGCGAUGUCGCUCAAUGCCGUGUGCUGAAGUAACAUCGAGACACAUCGCCUCAUUUGGGCAAGCAUGGCAUAGUCGGAUCAUAUCACACACCCGCAUGGAGUGAGUGGACACAACAGGACCAGCGAGCCGCUGCAGAUGCAGUCA